AUUUUAGUUUUAUCAAUAUGAAAGCAUUUGUGAACUUAAAAGGCUCGGGCGGUAACAUAUGGGAAGUAUUUGAAGUUUUAGAUGAUGCCAGACGUGCCAUUUUCAGAGAUACCGUAUUUGGUUAUUUUAUUGAUGUCCCUCGUUUACAAGGGAACACAUUGUUGUUCCAUAAAAUGUUCCUUCAUCAGAUCCAGCCGGACCCUGUUUUAUCUCCAGAUGGAAUAAAACGAUUAUAUUUUCGAGUAGGCAAUACGAAAAUGGUUUAUGGGCCGGAAAAGUUUUGUUUGAUAACCGGCUUCAAUUUUGGGGAGUAUCCAAAAAACAUUGGGAGAAAAGGGUCGGAAAAAUUAUUAAGCAGUAAAAAAAGAUGUUUAUUGCGUGAGCGGCUAUUUCCGGACCAUACCAAUAGUUCGGUGAAAAUCGGCGACCUGAAACAUUUAAUUUUAAAUCGAACAUUCUUAGAACUUGACGACGUUGAUGCAGUUAGAGUAUGUUUGAUAUACAUUUUGUGUGAAGGUUUUUUGGGAAAAGAAGUUAAUGAUUGGGUGCCACAAGAUUGUUUUUUUUUUUUUUUGCUGAGAAUUUGAAUCUCUGGAACAGGUAUAUUUUGUUUACGUUAAAAGUUUUAUUUUAUUAAAGUUAUAAUUUAUAUAAAAACCAAUUUUGUUUUUUUGUUUUGUUAGUUUCGCUUGGGGUAGCUAUCUUUGGGAUUUUACUUAUGUUGACCUUGAGGAUACAUGGAACAAAAUAGAUAAUUAUUUAUCACUUUCUGAGCGUCGUCAAACUUUAAAGUACUCCGUCUCAGGAUUUACGGCUCCAAUAAGGGUAUAAAAAUUUUCUUAUAUUUAAAUUGUUUUAUUGUUAUGUUUUUUAUUUUAAUUUUAACUUUUAUUACUGUAAUUGUAAAAAAUUGUAGAUAUGGAUAUAUGAGAUGAUUCCGGCUGUUCGUGCAUUUGGAUUUGUAUUGAGAAAAAAUAAAGACAUGCCUCGGAUGAAACGAUGGAGUGGAACAAAAAAAUUGAAAUGGGUUGACGUGAACAAGAUUUGGUCAAAGAUACAGGAGGGGCAACCACCAAGACAAAACUUGUUACCGGGUGAUGGUGAGAUGACAUCUUGUUAUUAUAUGUCAUUUCAAGAGUAUGUAUAUGGUGAAGGGAAAGCAAUUAUAUCCCCAGUACGAGACCAUUUUAGGAGACAAGACGAAUCUUCGUCUAGUAUGUCGUCCAGUGGUCGCUCUCAUGGUAGAGGUAGGGGCAGUGGGAAACACAACCUAGACGAGAUGUUGAAACGGCUACAUGCACUUGAGCAGCAUGUGUUUAUGAACCGACAACCUACAGAGGUUUUUGUUGAAGAGUGA